CCUCUAUAAUUCUCUUUUUCUCUUUAUCUAUCUAAAAAUCUUAAAGGGUGUAUACGUAUAAAUAAUAUAUUGCACUUUGUGCUAUGUAUAAUGAUUAUAGCUUGUUUACAAAGUGAAAGAGGCCCUAUCUUUCUUCAAUCAGAAUACUCUUAUUAUAUCUACUCAUUCUGAGUUGUGUUUCUUUAAGAAAUCAUGAGAGAUAUCAUCGAAAGAUUUCUUGUUCUUCCAUUUUCCAUGGGAUGUAUCCCAAAAUCGAGCACACAAGCAGUCGAAUCAACCCAAUUCAAGGAGCAAACACCCGAAUCAAAACAACUUGUCACAAGAACACAAGAAGGAAAAACCUCAUGGGGAUUCGUAGCUAUAAAGGGAUCCAACAUUUCGAGAGGAAUUCGAAGACUAAUCAUGUCGACCUUCGAAAGUUUUUCUCGAAUCAUAAGUAACAAAGAAGGAGAUGAAAUUGAAAUGGAGAUCGAACUGGAGAUAGGGUUUCCUACAGAUGUAAAGCAUGUUACGCAUAUAGGAUAUGAUGGAUCGAUGACGACUAACCCUGUGAAAAAUUGGGAGAAUAUUGAAACGCCUGAAAUUCUUUCGUUUCCUUGUAUUUCUUUGAAACAAUUUGAGAACGCCAUGGCUGCACAAUCUGAAACUCUGGUUGCUUGAAAUAACAAAAUUGAUUCAUUUUAAUGGAUCCUAACAUACGCAUUCGCCCAGUGAAUUGAGAGAGAUUAUAAUGAUUGUGAAGAAAUGUAUAGUAUAGGUGGAAAGGAGCAAUGGUCUGGAUUGGAGUGAUUUUUUUUUUUUUUUUUUU